AUGAGUACGAGAGUAAUUAAUUCAUCAGGUGAUUUGUUGACAAAAAAAGAUUCAAACAAUGAUAUUAUUUCCACUAAUAUUCAAGUCGUAAAAUCGAUUUUAGAUAUAUUGAAAUCUUCGCUUGGUCCUCUCGGUCUGGAUAAAUUGAUUACGACUGAAACUAAUGAAGUAUUGAUUACUAAUGACGGGGCAACAAUAUUGAAUAAAGCUCACUUAACACAUCCUGUUGCAAAAAUUUUAUGUGAAACAAGUCAUGCUCAAGAUUUAGAAGUAGGUGAUGGAACCACAUCUGUUGUUAUAUUAACAGCUUUUUUACUGUCUAAAGCUAAAUGUUUAAUAGAUAAAGGCCUUCAUCCUUAUACAAUUAUUGAUGGAUUCGAAAAAGCUAAAUCUAUUGCCUUACAAAUUGUUCAAGAUAAUGCAUAUAAAAUAUCCUUAGACGAUCGAUCCGUUUUUUUUGAAGUCGUAUCUACAACUCUUCGAUCAAAGAUUGUCAAUCAUCUUUCUAGUCGAUUAACUGAUAUAGCAAUAGAUGCAUUACUCCCAUGUAACUUGCAAAAAGACAUUCAAGUAAAUAUAGACGACAUCGCAAUAGUAAAAAAAAAUACAGGCGUAUUAUCGGACUCUAAAUUAAUUAAUGGUGUUUUAUUACGUAACAAAACUGUUUACAGAACUGGGUCAACUUGUUUACAUAUUGAAGACGCUAAAAUUGCAGUUAUUCAAUUUCCCAUUUCAUUACCAAAAACUAAUAUUGAUCAACAAAUUCAGAUAAGUGAUAAUUCUUCUUUAGAUAGAUUGCUAAAGCAAGAAAAGAUCCACAUUUACAAGAUGGUUAAAAAAUUCAAGGAAAUAAAAUGCAAUUUGAUAUUGAUUCAAAAAAAUAUUACUGGAGAACAAAUUAGUAAUUUAGCAAUUGAUUAUCUAAAUAAAGCAAAUAUUUCCGUCGUUUCCGGCGUUGAUCGUGAUGAAAUUCGUAAAUUAUGCAAAGGUAUGAAGUGUGAAGCUAUUUCAUCAUUUGAACUUUUAUCGGCUGAUAAGCUAGGAUCAGCUAAGUUAGUUCAGGAUUUCGCUGGUGAAUCAGAUGCUGUUGAGAUUUUAUUUUCUGCCAAGUCACGUGUUAAAACAAUAGUCAUUCAUGCUUCUAAUACUUUAACAUCAGAUGAAGCUGAACGAAGCUUAAGAGAUGCUAUGUGUAUUGUAAAAUCUUUAAUAACAUCAAAAGCUAUUAUUCCAGGAGCUUGUGCUAUUGAAAUUACUAUUGCAAACUUGCUUAAAAAGAAAGCACUUGAAACUGUUGGAGUCGAUGCUGAAAUAUACAAAGCAUAUGCUGAAUCACUAGAAAAUGUUUUAAUAACAUUUGUUGAAAAUUCAGGAAUGCAUCCAAUCGAUGUAUUGGCAAAAAUUAAAACAAUGCAUGAAAAUGGAGAAUCAACAGUAGGGUUUGAUGCUGUUACAGGUGAAAUUAGAGAUGUAUUUCAUCAAGCACCAAAAAUCAUUCAACCAAUAAAUUUAUUAAAGUCUAUUAUUAAACUUUCUACAGAAACAGCACAAUUAUUAUUAAGAAUUGACGAUGUAGUCUUAUGUAGAAAUUAG